UGUCAGAUUAUCUUUCCAUACGGAGACGCACCGAGCCGAGCCAUGUUCAGUGUCCCUCUGCAUGUCGAUGAAAUUUGCAUCCUCAAUCCCAGUUUCUGAAAAACCCUAAUUUUCUUUUCGGCAUUCACUAUGAGUAGAUACGUUUGGAAUUGAAUUCGGCAAUAACAACCUUCCAAUUUCUCUAAUCAGCGGAUAAAUGGAGUCCGACGAAGACGAUUUUGUUUUCUACGGAACGCCGAUAGAGCGUGAAGACGAUUUAACCAGUCGCAAAAAGAAGGCCAUUGCUGAGGCCUCUGGUCAGCUCCGAACCCUCCCCGCUUGGAAGCAAGAGGUUCGAGAUGAGGAAGGGCGGAGAAGAUUCCAUGGGGCAUUUACAGGAGGUUAUUCUGCUGGUUACUAUAAUACGGUGGGCUCAAAGGAAGGGUGGGCACCUCAGUCAUUUAAAUCAUCCAGGAAGAACAGAGCUGAAGUCAAAGAGCAGAACAUACUGAAUUUUCUAGAUGAAGAUGAGAAAGCUGAAAUGGAAGGUCGGUUGUUGGGGACAACUUCACAGUUUGACACAUUUGGUUUCACAGCUGCUGAAAUUGCUCGCAAACAAGCAGAGAAGGAACAGAAACAGAGGCCAUCCAUAAUUCCUGGACCUGCUCCUGAUGAAAUAGUUGUUCCAGCCACCGAGUCUGUUGGGGUAAAACUGCUCUUGAAGAUGGGAUGGAGUCGUAGUCGCUCAAUCAAGGAUUCACAUUCUGAUGCUCUGUAUGAUGCCAGGAGACAGGCCCGUAGAGCUUUUUUAGCAUUUUCUUCUGAUGAUCCAGCAGUAAAAAUUACCGAGUCUGAGCUUAUCAAGGGUGAUAGUGAAAAUUUUCCUGAGCAGCUUGUAGAUGAUGAUCAGUUUUCUAAGAGCACACCGGUAUUUGUACUCAACCCAAAAGAAGACCUGUAUGGAUUAGGUUUUGAUCCUUAUAAGCAUGCUCCUGAGUUUAGAGAGAAAAAAAGAUCACGCUUAUCCAGCAAGAGGGGACCUGGGUAUAGCAAGAACUUUUCCACUAGAGAUAGUCCUUUUGGUUUGAAGUCAGGAAAGGCUGCCCCUGGUUUUGGCAUUGGAGCCCUUGAGGAGCUUGAUGCUGAGGAUGAGGAUGUCUAUGCCACUGGUUUCGAAAUUGAAGAGGCUUAUGUUCAAGAAGUUGAAGAGCCUACAACGAUGAGCUUAGAAAACCAGAGAAAGAAAGAGCAGAAGAACCAGGGUGAUCUGCCUGGUUUUAGAGUUGCAUCUAAUUCUGACUAUAAAAUGGAAAGAUUCGAUUCUCCUCUGAUUCCCAAGGAUUUUGUGCCCCACCAUAAAUUUUCUGGACCUCUUGAAAUUAAUUGCAAGAGCUAUGAAGUUACUCCGCCGGAGGUUUCUCCUCCCGAGGAUGGCAAUUUAAAACUACUAAUUGAGGGGGUUGCAAAUCUGGUUGCUAAAUGUGGUAAAUUAUAUGAGGAUUUAUCCAGAGAAAAGAAUCAAACAAAUCCAUUGUUUAGUUUUCUUUCUGGAGGAACUGGACAUGAUUAUUAUGCAAGGAAAUUGUGGGAGUCACAACAAAAAUGCAAUGAUCAGACUAGUCGGCAAUUGGAUGGAAAAAUGCCUCCCAGUGUGCAGAGGCUAACCGCUGAGAGCCGAGGUCAGAUAUUAGGGGAAACACCUCUAGAAAAAAGCGCCCAAGAUCCAUCCUCAACUAUUGCUUCUACAGAUAUUCAACUCCAAUUUAAUCUUACUGAUACAUUCACCAAGUCUACAUCAUUUAAUGAGUUAAUGGAUGAAGAAAAGCCUUUCAAAGAUGAUCUUGCAAAGCAAGAAAGAUUUGAGCAGUUUCUUAAGGAGAAAUAUAAAGGUGGAUUACGCACUGCAAGUUCUAGUUUAGCUGGUGAUAUGUCAGAAGCUGCUCGUGCUCAAGAGAGACUAAGUUUUGAGGCUGCAGCUGAGGCAAUAGAAAAGGGACGACAGGGCAGGGGAAGCAAGUCUUCAAUUCUGUCUUCCAUGGAUUUCAUCCCAGGUGGUGUUAUGCAGUUUACUUCUAGUGAAGUAGAGUCAAAGAAAGACCCGCUAGUUGAAGAUAUUUUGAGGAAAAAAAUGUACCCUAAGAGGGAAGAGUUUCAAUGGCGCCCUUCACCUCUUCUGUGCAAACGCUUUGAUCUUAUUGAUCCUUAUAUGGGGAAGCCUCCGCCUGCUCCACGGAUAAGGAGUAAGAUGGAUUCCUUGAUUUUUACAUCAGAUUCAGUCAAAGUUACCAAAGUGGAUGAAACUGUUUCUUCAAAGAAAGACAUCUCUCCUUUUCAACAAUCUGCUAAUAAAGACAUGACCAAAAGUAUCACUGAAAAUGAAACUGAAGUGGAUGUGGAAGUCGAAAAUAUUGAGAGGCCAGUUGACCUAUACAAGGCUAUUUUCUCCGAUGAUUCAGAUGAUGAAGGUGAAGACCCUAGUAUUAAGAGAGUGGUGAAUCAAGAAAAGAAAGCUGAAGUAGCCAAUACAGCAUUGAGCCGUUUGAUUGCUGGUGAUUUUCUAGAAUCAUUGGGCAAGGAACUAGGAAUUGAGGUUCCUCCUGAUGUACCUUAUCCUAUGCAAAAGUCUAGGAAUGUUGCAUCUCAGAAAGAAAUUGUUAAUGAAGAUGCAAAGACCGACAUUCUGAAGAGUGAAAAUAAUGGUGUGAUGUCCUUAAAUCAUGAUUUGCCAUAUGAUCAGCACAUUGCUCACGAGGGUGGACCAUCAAAAGGUGACACCAUUCAUGGAAAUAUGCAAACCAAGGGAACCGGUAUCAUGGGCAAUAAACCAGGUAAGUUUAACGGGGACAAUAUUGAAGAUGAAGGGAAAAUUAAAUCCCCUUUAAUCCGCAGCCAAGACUACGACAGCAGUUCAGAAGAGGAAAGGAGCAGAAAGGGAACUAAUAGGGAAAAAUCUGAAGAGUACAAGAAAGUUAAAACCUCUGGUACACGCCGCCGUGAUUAUAGCAGCAGUUCUUCAUUAGAAGAGGAAAGGAGCAGAAAGCGUUCUAGACAUCAUCGACGGAAGAGGCAUGAUGCAGGAAGUGAUUCAUCUAGCGAUGAUGAUAGAGAUAGAUACAGUUCAAGGUCAAAAGGGAGAAGGACAGGUUCUUCCCGAGAAAAAAGCAGGGGAAGUGAAAAACACUCAAAACACCACAAACACAGAAAGCAUGAAUCUCCAAGUAGAUCCUCUCGAUAUAUCAACGAGAAGGACAGUUCACAUUCCAAAAGAGAGAAAAAACGGAGGGAAUGAGGGAAAUACUUGUUUCUUAUGUUUGAACUUCUUGGAAUUAUGUUGGAGGAUAUCAUUGCUCUGCAUUACACUACUAUAUUACUAGGUUUUGGGGUUGUGAUGCUAAGGUGCACCCAUGGAUUUCAUUUGGUCCUGAGCGAAACUCAAGCCUCUUUCUUGCAUAGGUUGCUUUCUUCACCGGUUUGAAGUAAUGCUGCUUAAUUCAGUACCCAAGCUUAUCAUUUCUUGGAUCAGAUGUCAGGAAAUGAAGAAAGUUGAGAUAGUUCUUAGUCCUAAGGUUCAGUAUAUGUCCUUUGUACCUCUUUUUACAUCAAUAUUACAGAUUAUGUCACAGGCUAUUUUUCUUUCUCCAUCAAACUUGAUAAAGGGUUCAUCAGCAAAGUUAAGAAAAAACUUGAAUUGGAAAAGAUAAUAUUGCGGUGGGAGAAGUGCCCUGUAAGAAAAAUUAUUAGAUUGGAAAAAUAGUAUUGUGGUGGGAUAAGUGCCCUUUACGGC